AUGUUUCAAUGGCAUAUACAUACAUUCAGUUGCGAUAAAAAUCAUUCAUUUGUGAAAAUCCGAAGAUCAAAGAAAGAAUUCAAAAAUUACAAACAGCAUAAAGGAAAAGAAGAAACAGGGAAUUCCUGUAAUUUUAAUCGAGACCAUGAAGAUGAAAUUUAUGAGAGAGUUAAUCCAGAUCAUGACAUUGAUAUAAUUCAGGCGAAUCUGGAUAGAAAAGACUUUUUUGAACGUGCGGGAUGUCGAUACGGGAAACCUGAACCAUUGGCUUCUGGAACUCAUUUUCGAACAUAUAAAGAAGCGAAGAUUUUAACUCGAGGUGAUCGAGAUAUUAUCUUAAGACGAAUAACUGAGGAAUCGCGUCGUAUCGUACCGUACAAUGUUAACUUACUUAAAACAUUCAAGUGCAAUCAGGACAUUCAAAUUGUCACGGAUCCAUGGGCGGCAGCAGAGUAUCUUUUUUCAUAUGUUAGCAAAGAAGCACAUAUGGAGAGAGAUCUUGUCCAAAAACUAGCUGGAUGUACAUGUUCUACAAUCGACGAAGCUAAAAAAAUUCUAUUAAAGGCUGGCAAUGCUGUUUUAUCGCAUAGGCAAAUUGGGAAAAUUGAAGCUGCAUGGAUAGUUUUAGGCAUUCCGUUGUAUCGAUGUUCAAUGGCAACUGUUCAUAUUUAUUUAUCUUUGCCAUGUGAUGAAGAUCGAUUAUUGAAAGAUAAAAAUAUUGAUACUGCCGUUCUCAGUGAUAAUGAUUUCGUGAAGACAAUAGUGGAUCGAUAUUCAGAACGACCUUUGCAACCAGAUACUAUUCGUGAUCUUACUUUGUUUGAAUUUGCAACUUGGUUUUCCAUCGAGUACGGUGAAUCCGAAAGUGAAAAUGAUGAGUUGAAAAGCAAUCCGUUAUGGCGAAAAGAUUAUAAUGAAUCACCUUUACUCAGAACAUAUAAACGAUUGCCACGGAUUGCUCUUUCCUCCGGUCAUGUAAUGCGACAGCAUCAACAUCCAAAAUGUGUUACUUUUACGUGUUUGCACGAUAAUGCCGCUCAAUCAAUUUAUUCUAUUUUAUGUUUGAACGUUCCUCAUCGAAAUGCAAUUGAUGAAUUUUUAGGCGGAAAACAAGAACCAAGUACAUUUGAUUUAUACCAAUCGCUCGUUCAUCAUAAAGCAGAGAUAUGUAAACGAAUUGUAUCUCUUCCAGAGAGCUAUCGGAUUCAAUUGCAGAAUCUCGUAGACCAUCUAAUUAGUAUUAAUAAUGAAAACUUCGCAAUUAAUUAUCGAGAGUCUUAUAUAUUUACCAAUCCUAGUGAAUUUGAAAGUGAACAUGGUGAUAAUUCGGUAUCAGAAGGUAAACUUGGAGAUAAGGUGGAAAAUCGGCCAAUUAAUGAUGCAUUGGCUGCCGUUGACAAUAGCGAUGGUAAUACAUUUGAAGACUUUAGAGCGUUAAAUCGAUUGCGUGACUCAGCAAAUUCACAGCAGAAAUAUUUACUCGAUUUUAUCCAAAAUUAUUUUGAUUGUGUAUUAAAACACGUUCGACGUCCAAGAGAAGUUCGACAACCAAAACCAUUUCAUAUUGUCGUUAACGGACUUGCUGGCUCCGGUAAAUCUUAUGUGAUUGAUAUAAUUGAGAAAAUGAUGAAAGAGUAUUGUAUUGCCGAAUCCUCUGGAAUUUCACGUGCGCGAAAGAAUUUUGGUUUACUCAAAAUGGCUCAUACUGGUAAAGCCGCACUGAAUAUUGGUGGAUCGACAAUACAUUCAGCUUUAGCAAUUUGCCCAGACGGUAACUCAUCACCGAAUAAUCUAAAUUCGUUUAAACUGUAUACGUUGCGCAAUCGAUUAUGUGGUUUAUUAUUAAUUAUCAUCGAUGAGAUUUCACUUGUUUCGCACUGUUUACUACAAAAGGUCAACAAACGUUUGAAUGAAAUUUUUGUGGCGUCGAGUGAAUCUGAUGUCUAUUUCGGCGGGAUUUCUGUCCUUGUUUUUGGUGAUAUGGCUCAAAUAGAACCUGUUGCUGCGAAACAAGUGUUUUUUCGUCCAAAAGGAGAAUUAUUUUCGCUGUGGCAUGAUUUGUUUCGACCUCUCAAUUUCGAUAUCAAUAUGAGACAAGGAGAUGAUCGAUUGUUCUUCGAUUGUUUAUGUCGUAUGCGUAUCGGUUGUUUGGAUGAACAGAUUGAAGCCCUGAUAAAGUCUAGGAGUAUUCGUAAGGAAGAUAAUCCAUACAGUUUUGAACAACGAUUGCAAGAGUUACAUUCCGUCGAAUAUAAGGACGCUAUAUACGCGUAUGGUGCUCUUCGGUUGACAAAUGCGAGAAAUUUACAAAUGCUAAAAGAACACUGCAGACAGACCAAACAUCCAAUUUUCAUGAUAAAUGCGUUGGAUAAAGUUCCAAUGAUCGAUACGUCAUUUUAUAAAGUUACGAAUGCAAGCAAUAAGAUUUGUAAAGUAAAAUUGAAACCGUCAAAUGAUGAAAAUAAGUGUAGCUCUCUAUAUCCUCGUUUACCAUUAUGUGUUGGAGCACGAGUUCUAAUUCGACGAAAUAUCGACCAAGAGAAUUAUGUUGUCAAUGGAAGUGACGCAAUUGUAAAAGAGAUUGUAUGGGAAGAUCCAAAGAAUUUUCUUUCACCGCCUAUAGCAUUAGAUGAUAUCUUUAAUUCAUUGAAUAAUGUUAUUAAUACAAAGCUACCGAAAUAUGUCAUAGUCGAGUUAGAUAACGGAUUAGAAUAUAAGAUAGAACCUCAAGAAACGCGAUUCAAAGAUAUGAACAAUGUUAACAUGACUCGUUUACAGUUGCCAUUUGCUUUGGGCUACGCGAUUACGAUACAUCGAACUCAAUGUAUGACAUAUCCGAGAAUGGUGAUAGAUUUAGGAGGCAAAUACUGGAAGGCAGGGAUGUUUUAUACAGUUUUGAGUAGAGCUCGACGGAUAACGAAUAUCAUUCUAUUGGCUUAUGAUCGAAAUUCUUUUAAAGUUUCGAAAGAUGGGUUGCAAGAAAUUGAACGGCUAAAAAAGAUAGAAAAGGACAAUGCAGUCAGAGUUGGUGAUUAUUUAGAAUGUAAAAGAUACGAUACCGAUCUGAAUGCUUCUUGUUACGCUGAUACGAAUUAUGUACAUCACAAACAUGAAAAAAGAAAGUAUGAUUUGAGCAAUGAUAUCGAACAAACUAAGCGAUGUAAAGAGACAUCAAAUGUGGUGCGAAAUUGCAGCGAUAUCCGUUUGAACAACAAUUUUAUCCCAGAAGAUUUCAUUGUUUGUGAAAAAAAGAACGAUUAUUCUGUGGUCGUCAUGAUCUUCGUGCAAUGCUACAAAAUAUGGCAUUGUUCGAUGAUCAAUUCUUGCAAACGUUGGGACGGCAGUUAG